AUGGACGAUGUAGACCGCCUACUCCAGUGCUUCAAAUGCGGCCUCUCUCCUCCUCAAUCUGCAAUCAGAGAAAGAAAAAAGGAAAAACGAAAAUUGAAUCAAGAAUCUUCACCAAAACAAGAAAAAUCUUCAUUUUCUGAAACUCCGACGACAAAAAAUUGUAAAAUUCCGGGCAAUGACAAACAGUUCUCUCCGAUGGUGUUUUAUGGUUCACCUCACGGCGUGCCUCCAAAGCGGCCUGCUCGAUUGCUGCGAUUGUUGCAGGAAAUACGUGUUGAUCUCUCGGAACAAACUAAAUUGAGAGAAGAAUUUUGGGCUACCUUUCCAAGGCAGGAGGAAGCGAUGAAGUACGCUAAAGAGCGUUCAAAUGCACGUGUUUUUAGUUUUCAGGAUCAUAUGAAUGGCCAGAGAAGGUUUCUCGUUUCAACGUACAAGGAAUUUUGGAGAAGGUAUAAAGAGAUGAAUCCUAAAUUUCGCCACCAUUACGAAGUUAUUCAGCAGGGGUUACCAUGCCACCUCUAUUUUGAUUUGGAGUUCAACAAGCGAGAAAAUCCUAACAAAAAUGGAGAUGAAAUGGUGGAUUUCCUGCUGACUCUUGUCUUUGAUGCGCUACUUGAGAAGUAUUCUAUCGCAGGAAACAAGGAUUGGGUAGUAGAACUUGAUUCAUCUACGGACGAAAAGUUCUCUCGUCAUUUACUCAUCCGCUUACCUAAGGCUGCCUUCAAAGACAAUUCACAUGCUGGUGCAUUUGUUUCUGAGAUAUGUUCAAGGGCUUAUCUUUAUAAGGAAACUGAUGGAAGAUUCAAAAAUCUGUUCAUCUCAAAGGAUGCAAGCUCUGCUGAUAAUCAAUGCCAGCUUUUCGUGGAUACAGCUGUCUAUUCUAGGAAUCGUUGCUUUAGACUACCUCUAUCAUCAAAAGCUGGGAAAAGCUCUAUUCUUUUACCUAGUGGGCGGUUUAAAUGUAAGGAUAUGAGUGAAGGAGAAGUGUUUAUGGAAUCCUUAAUCUGCAACAUGGAUGCUGAUUGUGAGAAGCUUCUAAUAUGCAAAAUGGAUUUAGACUGCGUGAAGGCGCUGCAGUUUGAUACAGAGGUUACGAGUUCCCCUAAACAUUCUCGUUUUCCUCGAGACUUUCACUUGAAUGCUUGUACAAGUGAUGCUUCCAAAACUUACUUGAUGGGAAAAUCACCGUUCCCGGCUCUGGACGUAUUUGUAGAGACUGUUGUUGCCUCCGUUGGAAAUGUAUCAGGAAAAAUUCGGAGCUGGUACUGGUUCUCAGAAUAUGGAUUGAUGGUUUAUAGCAUGUCUAAAAAUAGAUACUGUGAACGAAUUGGCAGACAACAUAAGAGCAAUCACGUUAUAUAUGUCGUUGAUCUAAGAAGGGCUGCUUAUUAUCAGAAGUGUCAUGAUCCUGAUUGCAGAGGCUAUCGAUCACCUCUUCGUCCGAUUCCUGACGAUGUUCUUCCUGAUUCUGCCUUUUACUUCAAUCUUCCUGGAGGCUGUGACAACCAGGGACAUGUUUAUCUAGCAGAUGAUGGAAGUAUACCCGACAGUUGCAAGAAAGAAAAGUGGUGGCUUGAAGCAAUUGAAUUUGCAGACCAGGUUGAACAUAUACAGAAGGCACUGGACUUAACUGGGGUGGAUGAAACAUGUGAAGAAGAGGACGAGGAGUGGUGGACAGCUGUUGAAAGGACUGCAUCCCAGACUGAACUAACCUACCUUCAACGAACUUAA